AUGAAUGGGCCAGUGGAUGGUUUAUGUGAUUACACACUGGAUGAUGAAGGGGCUUUCAUGUUCACAUCGGAGUCGGUGGGAGAAGGACAUCCAGAUAAAAUCUGUGAUCAAAUCAGCGAUGCUGUACUAGACGCUCAUCUCAAACAGGACCCAAAUGCCAAGGUUGCUUGUGAGACAGUAUGUAAGACAGGAAUGGUGUUGCUCUGUGGGGAGAUCACAUCUCAUGCUAUUGUGGAUUAUCAACGAGUUGUCCGAGAUGCAAUUAGACAUAUUGGCUAUGAUGAUUCAGCUAAAGGCUUUGACUACAAGACUUGUAAUGUUUUAGUGGCACUGGAACAGCAGUCACCUGAUAUUGCCCAAGGUGUUCAUCUACACAGGGAUGAAGAGGAUGUUGGUGCUGGAGAUCAGGGUUUGAUGUUUGGUUAUGCAACAGAUGAGACAGAAGAAUGUAUGCCUCUAACGAUUAUUCUUGCUCAUAAACUGAAUGCCAAGUUAGCAGAGCUGAGGCGUAAUGGAGAACUUCCUUGGCUGAGGCCUGACUCUAAGACACAGGUCACGGUUCAGUAUAUCCAGGAGAAUGGAGCAGUCAUCCCAGUGCGUGUUCACACCAUUGUGAUAUCUGUGCAGCAUGAUGAAACCAUUUCGCUGGAGAAUAUGCGCAGAACCCUGAAGGAUCGUGUGAUCCAAGCUGUUGUCCCUGCAAAAUACUUGGAUGAGAAAACUAUUUAUCACCUUCAACCUAGUGGACGUUUUGUUAUUGGAGGGCCUCAGGGUGAUGCUGGUGUUACUGGUCGAAAGAUCAUUGUGGAUACUUACGGUGGCUGGGGAGCCCAUGGAGGUGGUGCCUUUUCUGGCAAAGACUAUACGAAGGUGGACCGAUCAGCUGCGUACGCAGCCCGUUGGGUGGCCAAGUCUCUUGUGAAAGCUGGGCUCUGUCGCCGUGUUCUGGUUCAGGUUUCUUAUGCCAUUGGGGUUGCUCAUCCACUGUCCAUUUCACUGUUCACUUAUGGAACUUCCCAAAAAACAGAGAAAGAGCUGCUGGACAUUGUGCACAAAAACUUUGAUCUUCGGCCUGGAGUCAUUGUCAGGGAUUUGGACCUAAAAAAGCCCAUUUACCAGAAGACUGCAUGUUAUGGUCACUUUGGAAGAAAUGAAUUCUCAUGGGAGGUGCCUAAAAAACUUGUGUUUUGACACUAGCAGUCACCCUUUAAAAACAGAAAGGAAGAGAAGUCCACCAAUGAUGAGGAUGCUUCCGAAAAUCACAUU